CCACAUCAAGGGCUGCCAAACCGCUCGAGCAAAUGACCAUCCAUACAGCCUGUCAGCGUUCUCUGGGCAAGUUUUAAACCGGACAGAGUAUUUUAGCGAUGCUCUUUUUUCCCGCCCUAUCGCUCCAUAUCCGAUUGCAGGCUGCACAUCUUAACGAGCAAUCCUGGCCAUCCUCAGCGCCGCCAACUACCGAUCUGAAAACAGAAAGAAAUAGCUUGUUGGGUAGAGAACAAGCGAAUGGUUUGGUGAUGCGGGAAUGCUAUUCUUGGCUUGCGCAUCACCCACUGGACCUACCUGCUCAAAGCGCCCUAUGGCCUGUAAGCACAUCUGUGCUAUCGCGGAUACGCUCUGCUACGUCUGCAGUAUGCCUCUAGUGCCACCCGGCAAUCUUUAUGGACUUUCUUGCCCGCAGAUCGAGCACCAAACAGAGUAACAUCACCUCAAGUACCUCUAGUCGCCCAACAUACCUACGACUUAGCACAGCUUUC